AUUAGAGACACUAAUAUGCAUAUUGUAAAAAAUCAACAAUUAGCAAAUAGAAAAAUCAGAUAUGCAAAUAGAUUUGAAAAAAUGAAAAAGGCACUUAAUAGUACUUUAGAUCUUGGAUGUGAAGAAAA